AUGUUGAAGGUUAAUAUCUGUUUCCGAAAAAGAACCAGAUUCCCAGGCUCAUAUAAAGGAUGCAGGUCAUUGCAUGUAACUAAAUUAUUAAGCUCAGUCGAAAAGUUUUCGUCAUAUGACCCAGUUGCAGUCGAGAAAGAUUGGUACAAAGUUUGGGAGAAAGAUGGAAUUUUCACACCAGAUCUAUCAAAGGAUAUAGAUCCGUCAAACGUGUUUUGCAUCCCUGCACCUCCUCCAAAUGUUACAGGUGCAUUACAUAUAGGUCAUGCUCUUACUAUAUCUCUUCAGGAUUCAUUGAUUAGAUACAAUAGAAUGCUUGGUAAAACUGUACUAUUUUUACCUGGGUUUGACCAUGCAGGUAUUGCAACCCAAUCAAUAGUGGAGAAACAACUUUAUAAGAAAGAGCAUAAAACUAGAUAUGACUAUGGUAGAGAACAAUUUAUUGACCAAGUUUGGGAUUGGAAAAAUGUUUAUCACGCAAGGAUUAAAGAUCAGAUUAAGAAAAUGGGUGGAUCCUAUGAUUGGUCCCGUGAAGCUUUCACUCUAGACCCUAAACUUUCAGAUGCAGUUACUGAGGCUUUCGUCAGGUUACAUGAUGAAGGUAUUAUUUACAGAGACUCAAAACUUAUCAACUGGUGUGUGAAAUUAAACACAGCUAUUUCAAAUUUGGAAGUUGAAAACAAAGAGAUACAGGGUAAAACAUUAAUAAAGGUACCAAAUUAUGAUAAACCAGUAACUUUUGGAGUGAUAACUUCUAUAGCAUACGAAGUAGUCAAUGCAGAUGGUACAACAACAGGUGAAAAGUUAAUCAUCUCUACAACUCGUCCAGAGACGAUAUUUGGAGAUACAGCUAUAGCUGUACACCCUGAUGAUAUUCGCUACAAGCAUUUGCAUGAGAAAUACGUUAAACAUCCUUUACUUGAUAAGACUAUACCAAUUAUUCAAGAUAAGGAUGCUGUUGACAUGGAAUUUGGAACUGGGGCUGUCAAGAUAACACCGGCACAUGAUCUCAAUGAUUAUAACUGUGGGAAAAGGCAUAAUUUACCCUUUGUCAACAUUUUCACAGAUGAUGGUUUCUUAAAUGAAAAUUGCGGAGAUAAUUGGAAGGGUAUAAGACGGUUUGAUGCCCGUAACAAAGUGAUACAGGUUUUAAAAGAGAAAUGUUUACUUGUUGGUGAAAAAGAACAUUCUAUGACUAUCCCUAUCUGUUCCAGAUCUGGUGAUAUAAUUGAACCUUUACUAAAACCACAGUGGUGGGUUUCACAAGAGACAAUGGCUAAAGAAGCUAUUAAAGUUGUUCGAGACAAUAAAAUAAAAAUACAGCCGACACAUUCGAGAGAAGAAUAUUUCAGAUGGUUGCAAAAGAUUGACGAUUGGUGUAUUUCUCGACAACUUUGGUGGGGCCACAGGUGUCCUGUCUAUUUCAUUAAUGUUGAAGGUAUUUCAAACCCUAAAAUGAGAUCUGAUAAUAAAUAUUGGGUAGCUGGAAGAAACAUAGAGGAGGCUAAAGAAAAAGCUCUUAGGAGGUUCCCAAAUUCCAUAUUUGAAUUAGAACAAGAUACAGAUGUAUUAGAUACAUGGUUUUCUUCAGCAUUGUGGCCAUUUUCAACAUUGGGGUGGCCAAAAAAAACUAAGGACAUAGAUACUUUUUACCCAGUUUCUCUGCUAGAAACAGGUUGGGAUAUUUUAUUUUUUUGGGUAGCACGUAUGAUUAUCAUGGGUGUUAAACUGACUGGCUCAGUACCAUUUCAAGAAGUGUUUUGCCAUCCUUUAGUACGGGAUGCACAAGGUAGAAAAAUGUCUAAAUCGUUAGGGAAUGUUGUCGAUCCUGUAGAUGUAAUUAAUGGGGCUUCAUUGCAAUCCCUACAAGAGAAAUUGGUCAACGGUAACCUCGACCAGCGUGAGAUUAGAAUAGCAACAAAAGGUUUAAAGGUAUCAUAUCCAAACGGUAUUCCACAAUGUGGUACUGAUGCUUUGAGAUUUGCUUUAUGUUCUUAUACAAGCAAUGACAGCUCUAAUGACAUCAACUUAGAUAUCAAAAAGGUUGAAACAUAUAGAAAAUUUUGCAACAAAAUGUACCAAGCAACAAACUUUGCUUUGUUGAAGGUCACUUCCGAGUCCUUAAUUACUACAAGAAAAAUAGUAAAUGAACAUCAGUCAAUUAAUGAGAAAUAUAUCCUCUCUAAAAUGAAUGAAACUUCCAAAAAGGUUGCUAUUGCGUUUGAGUCUCGACAUUUUAUGAAUGUAACAGACAGUAUAUAUCAAUUUUGGUACCAAAUAUGUGAUCACUAUAUUGAAUUUUUUAAAUUCAUCUCAAAAACUGGCAGUGUAGAAGAGAUUAGGUCUGCUGAAAUGACCUUAAUAACUGUGUUAGACAAUGCACUAAGAAUGAUUCAUCCAAUGAUGCCGUUUAUUUCAGAGCAGUUAUGGCAAAAAUUACCAAUAGUUAAAGAUACUAAAUCUAUAUGCUUGGCUCCCUACCCUGUAUACGACCAGAAAAUCUCCAACGCGUUAGAUGAACCUGCCAAAAUGUUUGGUCAAGUGCUGGAUGUGAUUAGUGAAUCUCGUGGUAUAUUGAACCAAUAUAAUAUUUUGAAAAAUGGGAAAAUAUUCAUAGAAAUUAAUGACUUAAAAUUAAAGACAAUUGUUGAAAAGGAAUCUAAUUAUAUUAAAAGUUCAGUAAAAAUGAGUAUAGAUCCAUUAGUAAUUACAGAUAAAAAAGAGGACAUACCCGAGGGGUGUGUAUCAAAGUCUGUAAACUCUUUGAUUUCUAUUCAUUUACUAGUAAAAGGUCAAAUUAAAGAUAUAAAAGGAGAUAUAGAAAAGUUACAGAAGAAAAUUGUUAAGUUAAACAAGAAAUACCAGGCAUUUCUAUCUAUAGUGAACAAUGAAAAUUAUGCAAAGGCAAGCACUACUGUUCGUGAUUCCAAUAACAAGGCAAUAAAAGAUUUAUUGACUCAAAUAGAAACAUUUCAAAUGACUGUAAAUAACCUCCAUAAAGAAUUGUAA